AUGGCAAUAUAUGCUUGGCCGCUUUCUCUUGUUAGUGAAUUGGAAAUAGCGAUCAAAAGAUUCUUAAGUAGUCACAGUGGAUUGGAACAGACUUGGGAGCUUGUUAACUCAGAUUGCAGCUGGGCGGUUCUUCUUCGUAGCAGAAUAACUAGGAAAAACAGAUUCAUCACCCACCACAUUUAUUCUUCUAUUUGGUAUGGUGUCAAGCAAGAGAUGAAAAUUGUCAUGGAUAACUCCACUUGGGUUCUUAGUAACGGUAGCUCCAUUAGUUUAUGGUCCGAUCGUUGGUGUGGCUCUCCGCUUUUCCUUCAUAGUGAUGCUUCGGUCUUGAUUGAGGAACACUCGGUUGACAGGUUGUUAAUUAAUGGUUCGUGGGACUUUUCUCGCUCAGCUACCAACAUCCCAGCUUCGCUGCAGGUUCGCAUAUGUAGUUGCACCAUCCCUAUCGUCUCCCGUCCUGACAAAAGAUGCUGGGACAAUUCUCCAAAUGGAUAG